AUGCCAUUCAACGGAUCGCGGCAAGCCGCUCAUCGCACCGUCGAGUUGCAUGGCCAUAUUGUCGCCGAGUCGGAGAUGGAUUCGCUGGCGCACAUCCAAGCGAUCGAAGCCAGAGUUGCCGUGCAGCACGUGGUCCUUCGACACGACCCAUCCGACAUAUUGGGACUUUGCUACACUUUCCAUCCUCUUGGAGCGAUCGAACGGCGUACGCAAGUGGCUGCGCAUGAGUCGUCGCAAGGCGAACGGGAUCGAAGUCAUGGCCACGCCCCGCUUGCCGAGUUUACCGUGACUGCACAAGUGUCCAACUGCUUGACAGAAGGCGGCGAGGCGGACGGCCUGUACCACCUCCGCGACUGCCUCAAGAAUUCGGUGCUGCCCACGGCCAUGUGCCCAUACUUAAAGCUGGGCCACGAACAGGCACCCGUCCGUCCUCAAGUUCUUGAGGCAUGCCACAUGCUACGGCGACCGCACGAUCAAGCAGCACCUGGUGCCGCGCAUUUGUUUCCGUGCAUUGGCCCAUUCCUGAGCGACCGCCACAGCCAAACGGACAAGAACACGCGCAUGCUGUGUCCGUCCGACGUGACGAUGUGCUGCUUCCUCUCGCAUGGUCGCCACGACAUGGAAGGCGAAUGCUUUGCCCACGUCGUCGGGUACAACGAUGCGUUCCAAAACGGCAAAGGCAAAGACGGCGGGUUCAUCGUCAAGUACUCGUGUGUCCUCGACUUCUUGCCAGGACACCACGACGGUCUCACGUCGUCGCAUGUCGUCAGUUCCUAG